ACGCGCGAGGUUGGUUGCUUGCGGGCGCCGAAUGUGGGGUAGCGCAUCAAGUAGGUCUCCCGGAGUCAGCAGCGGCGGCAUUAUUAAGUUUUGAACAGCAGUGCCGUGUGGACGUACUACAAUAGCUCGUCUCUGGAACCUCGGUAGAGACGACGGGAGCAGCGGAGAUGAAGGUGUGGGGCACUUGCUGGCUGGGGCUCCUCCUCCUCCUCCUCCCCCUGGUGGCGAGCAGCGAGGAUCAGGAGGGGACGGGUGACGCCUCCUCCGGCCAACUCAACCCUAAUGUGGCUCAGGACCGAAUGGCGGCCGCUCUCCCUGAUGACGAUGACGGCGACGUGUUUGAGGGCAAGGUAGCAGACCAGAUCGCGGUGGAGUCAGUGGACCGUCACGUGGCCGUCGGGAAGCCCUACCCGGUCCAGGCCAUUCCGGUGCCUGUUCGCUUCCCGGUCUACCCUGGAAAGCUGGUCCUUCCUGAUCACGCCGGCGGUAGACAGCGCGCCAAGCCCAAGGAAGGCGCUGGCCCGGCCCAUCACCAGGGCCCGCCCAAGCGUCCUGCAACCCGUCAUCGUCUUCCGCCUCCACCACCACUUCCUCCCUCAGGAAUCGUUCAUAAGCCGAGGCAGCCUAUAGGCCCCGGGUUCAAAGUACCGGGUCCACGCAAGCCCUUGCAGCCACCUCCCCCUCCCAGGGCCGCGUAUUCUGGCCCUCUUCCCCCAUCACGAAAACCUGUCCACACAGGCCACACUCCUUCAGUCCAUCAAGGUCAGCCUCAACCACUGGGUCCAGACUACGGCUCCCCCAAACCCGGUGAUGUUUUCCUUGCGGGAGGCAGCACAGGCAAGGGCGCGAGUGGCGGUCACGGCGGUAGUUCCCACCUGCCUCAACCAGUCCUCUCCACCUUUGCUCCUGCGCCUCUCCAGAGUGCCGCGUCAGUACAUCUACCUGGAGCGGUUCUGCCUCCACCACCACAGAACCUUUAUAAUGGCCCACCGCCACCAGCUAUCAAUGUCGGCAUAGGCCACUCUCCUGACGCCGACGUGUCAGGCUCAGCCAACGCCUACGUGCCGCCUGAGGCUCUGGCGCCUGCAGAUCCUUGGCCAACAGCCGCCCCGGAGAUGCCUAAGAUAACUUCUCUUGAUGUAAAAUGUGAAAAGAACUUAAUGAAGGUCAGUAUCACCUUCGACAAGCCCUUCUUCGGCAUCAUCUUCAGCAAAGGUCACUAUAGUAACGUGCACUGUGUACACCUGCCAGCGGGCCUGGGCCGCUCACAGGCCACCUUCGAUAUCUCGAUCAACGCGUGCGGCACCACCGGCAACACUGAGAACGGUCUGUACGGCUACGGCAGCCAGAGUGGCUCAGGCACCUACUUUGAGAACACCAUCGUCGUGCAGUACGACCCUCAGGUGCAGGAGGUAUGGGAUCAGGCACGCAAGCUGAGGUGCACGUGGCACGACCAGUAUGAGAAGUCUGUUACAUUCCGUCCAUUCCCCGUGGACAUGUUGGACGUGGUUCGCGCAGACUUCGCCGGGGACAAUGUUGGUUGCUGGAUGCAGAUCCAGGUGGGCAAGGGCCCGUGGGCUUCGGAGGUGUCUGGUCUGGUAAAGAUCGGCCAGACCAUGACCAUGGUGCUGGCUAUCAAGGACGACGACAACAAGUUCGAUAUGCUAGUACGCAACUGCAUGGCACAUGACGGCAAGAGGGCGCCCAUCCAGCUCGUGGACCAACGUGGCUGUGUCUCGCGCCCCAAGCUCAUGUCCAAGUUCACCAAAAUAAAGAACUUUGGAUCAUCAGCAUCUGUGCUUUCGUACGCACACUUCCAGGCGUUCAAGUUCCCAGACUCAAUGGAAGUCCACUUCCAGUGCACGAUUCAGAUCUGCCGCUACCAGUGCCCCGAGCAGUGCAGCGGUGCUGGCGGCGUCAUCCCGGGAGACAGCUACGAUGUGCCUGGCCGAGCCAAGCGAGAAGUCGAGAAUGAAAGUGAAGAAGAAAUUAAAGAAAAGACUGAAGAAGAGGAAGAGGUAGACAAACAAAAGGACAUUGGCGUCAACCGCGUAAUUCAAGUUGUGUCGAUUCGCGAUCUGGCCUUCGUGCAGGACAAGAAGGGAGGCACUGAGACCGAGCUGCGGGAGUCUGAGACAUCCACGCUGGUGGCGCCGCAAGUGGAGGACCAAUCUGGGCUGAUCUGUAUGUCCACUCCAGGGUUCGCCGCGACUCUCAUUGUCUUACUGGCAAUACUCAUCGUUUCGUGCCUCAUGUCCGCAUUCCUCUGCCUGCGGUUCAGAAGUAACGGUGACACACGAUCUAUCAUCUCGUCCACGUACGACAAUCCGGCCUUCAUGCACAAGAAAGGGCUCUUCUAGACGCCACAUCCUUCUCCUCCACCUCACCACCAGACGAGCCAAGGGGUGCGAUGUGAGGCUACACCUGCAAGCGUCAUGGGCUACGAGAGGCACCUCAGGGCGUCUUGCUGCACCUCAGUGACGGGCGACAGGAGAGCAGCACCCCUGUCGCCCCCCGUCACAAGCCGCGGCGCGCUUGGUGAGUCGCGGCCGGGCAUUCAGGCGCCACAGUCACUGCAGGAAGGCGGCUGCGGGCAUGGAUGGUGCCUCCCCUUGGAUCAUCUGGCCGGCGGACGCCCCGCCAGCGAGUCACGUCGUCGGAUCGUCUAGCUUGUGCACCACCACCGUGUGUGUGUGUGUGUGUGUGUGUGUGUGUGUGUGUAACGUCUCAACUUCACUGUGUGUAAGUUUUCCUCCACUGUGACAGCCGACCCCCUCCCUUGUGUUCCUGGAGAAGGCGUGGGCGGGGGCCGGGUGAGCAGCACCGUAUCACUUAUUAGUCCCCAAACCGCUGGCGGUGUUGUGGGCGGCUAAGGAGGAUCCCAGCGUCCGCCUGGCUGGACGGUUUGGGACUCCUCCCAGCACCCUUUAGGAUUAACUAUGGGUGGUUCACAAGGGUUUCACGGGAAUAAUAAUUAAUAUAAUCAAGAAGGUAAUGCAUGAUAACUGUGUUCUGCACGUCACCGCUUGUCCCGGCGCAAUGCACGGCUGGGACCUGCACCCGCGCUGACCGAGUUGCCAUAACGCUCAUCACCUCCCUUCUCCCUUAGGUUAGUUAGUGUAGUAGUCGUAACCACCAGCAGGACGGUAGUGCGUGUGCAACGCUUACUCUUGACACCCGAGUCAACAGGCAGUGUGAGUAAGUAAGAGAGUGAGAGAGUGAGUGAGUGACCAAUGAGCUGAGACGAGCCGGCGACUUAUCGCCCCCAAGCGAACAAUGCUCCAUCCCUCCAUUCCUUCCCUUCCCCUCCCACCUUUAUUUGAGUUUCCCGGCUCCCAUUUCUCUUCAUCCCAGUUCCCUCCCCAUAAGGACAAGAGUUGCCACGUAGGGAAAUGUAUAUACAUACUGGUUCUGUAGAAUGUGACUUCAAUUAAUUUAUUUUUAUUUAUUCGAACCAUUUCUUCCCCCAACCGCCUCUUUCUCCUUUAGACAACUUCAUUGCUCCUACGUGUCAUUAAUAAUAGUAACUAAUAUUUAGUAUUAGGAUUUUUCUAACUUCCAUGUUGCGUGGCUGAUCCAAAGCGUGAGCGAUACAUGAUGUUUUGGGGGUCGUGUGUGUGUGUGUGUGUGUGUGUGUGUGUGUGUGUGUGUCUGGUGUGAUGUAUUUGUAAUAAAACGUUUAUGUUA